AUGACAAUAAAAAAUAAUAUUUUAGUUAUUGGUAGUGGUAGUAGAGAACAUGCAAUUACAUGGAAAUUAUUAGAAUCUAAUCAAGUUGAUAAAGUUAUAUUAGUACCAGGAAAUGCAUCAAGUUCAACAAUGGAAAGAGUUAUAACAGUUGAAUGUUCAAAAAUUGAUGCAGAAUCAAUCUCAAACAUUUGUAAAGAACAUAAUGUGGAAUAUGUAUUUGUCGGACCAGAGGUACCAUUAGUAGAUGGUAUAGUUGAUGGAUUAAAAAGAAAAGGUAUCUCUUGUUUUGGUCCAACCAAAAAAGCUGCACAAUUAGAAGGUUCAAAAGUAUUUUGUAAAGAUUUUAUGGCAAGAAAUAAUAUUCCAUCUGCACGUUAUCAAACUUUUACUGAUUAUAAUAAAGCAAAACAAUAUAUUGAAUCUUUAAAUUAUAAAAUUGUGUUAAAGGCAUCUGGAUGUGCAGCAGGUAAAGGUGUUUUAAUACCAAAUAAUAAAGAAGAAGAAUUAGAAGGAUUAAAAAGAAUUAUGGUUGAUAAAGAAUUUGGUAGUGCAGGUGAUGAAAUUGUAAUUGAAGAAUUUUUAGAUGGUGAAGAAUGUAGUUUAAUGUGUUUUUCCGAUGGUUAUAGUUUAGUAGUUAUGCCACCAGCACAAGAUCAUAAAAGAAUAUUCGAUGGUGAUAAAGGUGCCAAUACUGGUGGUAUGGGUGCAUAUGCACCAGCACCAUUCAUUGUAGACUGUAACAAUAAUGCUACCACUGAUAAAAGUAAAUCAAAGAGUUCAUUUGGUACAAUUAUUGAUCGUUGUGUUGAAACCAUUUUAAAACCAACAAUUAAUGGAAUGAGAAAAGAGGGUAAACCAUUUGUUGGUGUUUUAUUUGCAGGUUUAAUGGUAUCAUCAUCAUCAUCAACAACCAAUGAUAAAGUUAUCAAUGUUUUGGAAUUCAAUUGUCGUAUGGGUGAUCCAGAGACUCAAGUAGUUUUACCAUUGUUAGAGACUGAUCUAUUUGAAAUUGUAUUGGCAUGUAUUGAAGGUCGUUUAGAUGGAUUGGAUGUAAAAUGGUCAAAUAAGUUUGCAGUAACUGUUGUUGCCGCUUCAAAAGGUUAUCCAGAUUCUUAUCCAAAAGGUUUGAAAAUUAAUGGUUUAUUAGAGAAUAAAAAUACAAAUGAUAAUAUUAUUUUUCAAGCUGGUACAACUGUAAAUGGUAGUAAUGAUAUUGUUACAAAUGGUGGUCGUGUUUUAUCAUGUACAUCGGUAUCGGAGUCAUUAGAAGAUGCAAUAAAGAAUUCAUAUAAAUUAAUUGAAACUAUUAGUUUUGAAGGUAUGCAAUAUCGUAAAGAUAUUGGUCAAAAAGCAUUAAACCAUUUGGAAAGAAAGAAGCAACAACAAGCCAAUUCAAAACAAUCUGUAUCCUAUAGUGAAUCAGGUGUUGAUAUUGAAAGAGGUGAUGCUGUAGUUGAUAAUAUUGGACCAUUGGCAAAAGCAACCACUAGAUUGGGUUGUGUUAGUGAUUUGGGUGGAUUCGGUGCAUUAUUCGAUACAAAAGCAGCAGGAUUUAGAGAUCCAAUUUUAGUAUCAGGUACUGAUGGUGUUGGUACAAAAUUAAAGAUUGCACAAGAACUUGGAAUUCAUGAUAGUAUUGGUAUUGAUUUGGUAGCAAUGUGUGUCAAUGAUGUAGUUGUUCAAGGUGCAGAACCAUUAUUCUUUUUAGAUUAUUUCGCCACUGGUAGAAUUCAUGUAGAUGUCGCAACUCAAGUUGUCUCUGGUAUUGCACGUGGUUGUAAAGAAUCUGGUUGUGCAUUAAUUGGUGGUGAAACAGCAGAAAUGCCAGGAAUGUAUAAAGAUGGUGAAUAUGAUUUAGCAGGUUUCAGCGUUGGUGCAGUUGAACGUGACCAAAUGUUACCAUCAAACAUUCAAGAGGGUAACAUUCUAUUGGGUCUUGCAUCAAGUGGUGUUCACUCAAAUGGUUAUUCAUUGGUUAGAUAUUUAAUUGAAACCAAGAGUGGUGGUUUAACUUAUAAUUCAAUUGCACCAUUCGAUUCAAGUAAAACACUUGGUCAAGUAUUAUUAACACCAACUAAACUCUAUGUAUUAUCUUGUCUUGCAGCAAUUAAAAGUGGUGGUGUAAAUGGUUUAGCUCAUAUCACUGGUGGUGGUAUCACUGAGAAUUUACCAAGGGUAAUUCCAGAUGGUUUAGAUUGUGAAGUUGAAUUGGGUAGUUGGGAAAUUCUUCCAAUCUUUAAAUAUUUAGUUGAACUUGGUAAUAUGGAAACUGAAGAAUUAUUAAAAACUUUCAACUCUGGUAUUGGUAUGAUUUUAAUUGUUUCACCUGAUAAAGUUGAUUCAAUCACUAAAUCUUUAGAAUCAAAUAAUGAAAAAGUUUAUAAAAUUGGUAAAAUUAUAAAUUCAAAAACUUCAAAACAAUCAAAAUCAAAAGUAAUUUAUAAAUAA